AUGCGGCUGCCCGAGCAACCUGGAGAGGGGAAGCCUGAGAAUGAGGAAAAGGGGGGCGGAGGAGCCCCCGGAGGGGGAGAGGAGCCACCGAGGAGCCAGGCCCCCGACUUCCCCACUUGGGAAAAGAUGCCUUUCCACCAUGUGACCGCUGGCUUGCUGUACAAGGGGAAUUACCUCAACCGAUCUCUCUCCGCCGGCAGCGACAGCGAGCAGCUUGCUAAUAUCUCCGUGGAGGAGCUGGACGAGAUCCGAGAGGCCUUUCGGGUGCUGGACCGAGAUGGGAACGGCUUCAUCUCCAAGCAGGAGCUGGGAAUGGCCAUGCGCUCUUUGGGGUACAUGCCGAGCGAGGUGGAGCUGGCCAUCAUCAUGCAGCGCCUGGACAUGGACGGGGAUGGCCAGGUGGAUUUUGAUGAAUUCAUGACCAUUCUUGGCCCCAAACUGGUGUCUUCGGAAGGUCGCGAUGGUUUUCUUGGAAACACAAUAGACAGCAUUUUCUGGCAGUUCGACAUGCAGAGGAUAACCCUGGAGGAGCUGAAGCACAUCCUCUACCACGCCUUCCGGGACCACUUGACAAUGAAGGACAUUGAGAACAUCAUCAUCAACGAGGAGGAGAGCCUGCAGGAGACCUCAGAGAACUGCCAGACAGAGUUUGAAGGAGUGCACUCCCAGAAACAGAACAGACAGACCUGCGUCCGCAAGAGCCUCAUCUGCGCCUUCGCCAUGGCCUUCAUCAUCAGCGUCAUGCUGAUCGCGGCCAACCAGAUCCUCCGCAGCGGCAUGGAGUAGCGGCCGCCCCCGCCAGCUGCGAGCCCCGCUCACCGCGCAUGCGCAUGCCCCGCGGGCAGACUUCCUCCGCAAAAGCAGACACGGACGUUGCAGACGAGGCACAGUCGAGCGAAGAACCCCAAGGCCGCAGUGCAACAGGUGUUGCCAACCCACUUCAUCUCCUUGGCAGGGACA